AUGCCCUCCCUCGCCCGUCUCCCGCUUCCCCUCCUCGCCCGCGCCCGCGGAAGCGUGGCCGCGCCAUUGGCCUGCCGCCGCUUCGCGAGCGCAACCACCACCCCGCCCCCUGGGUCUCCUCCACCCAACAACGACACCAACAGCAAUGUCCCGCACACCCCGCCUACCCCUGGUGCGGGUGGCCACAAGGUGCUUGAGCCCACGACAUUCGACGGCAAGGCCGCCCCGCGCGACGUCCACAACCGCCCGGGACUCCUCCGCCGCGGCCUCCCUCCCGCAUCGACCAACAAGCUCAAGCCGUGGGAGGAGGAGCAGCGCAAGCGUGUCGAUGCCCAGCGCAGGGCGAUGGCGGUCAGCGGCGACGUGCCCCGUACGGCCUUCCACAGGUCGACGGACGAGCCUCAGAACUUUGACGGACCGAGCCGUCCCCGUUUGGUGUACACUCGCCCAGCUGGGCGCGCACUUCCUCGUCUCAAGAACAGGUUACCAUUGUAUAUCGGCAUGGCCGCACUCGGCCUGGGCUCGUGGGGCCUCUUUAUCCUGUACGCGACGAACAACGAACGUCUCUCCUCCUCGGUCGUCCGCCAGGUCACCUUCCAGCUCCGUAACUCGGCUGAUGUCGCGGCCGUCCUCGGUGACGGUGUGCGGUUGGAGCGCAACUGGUGGGGCGGCGACCCUUGGAUCCACGGCAACAUCAACCUCAUGCAGGGACGUAUCGACUUGAAGUUCCGUGUGCAGGGCAGCAAGCAGUUCGGUACCGUCAUGUUCACCGCCAUCCGUCCCGAGCAGUCGUCGCCUUGGCGUAUUGUGCGCUACAAGCUCACAUCGGACUCUGGCGACGUCGUCCGUCUCGAGGAGACGGCCAUCCGCAACGUCGACUAG